GUCACACCAGUCACCGACCGACACAAACGCACACCGCGCCAGCACCGUCCUCAGUAAGAGAGAAGGUCUCUGUGAACAGCAGCGACGGGGCAGGCACAGCGCACAUUUGCACUCGUGUUUAUAUACUCAGGAAGUGAGACAGGGAUUAAUAAAUGUUAACGGUAUUACAUACAACAAUUAAUAAACCGUGUCAGUGUGUGUUUAAAAAAGGAGGAAGUUAAUUUCGAGUUAAACGUAACUUGUACAAUCAAUGUAAUAGUAAUAUUGAUGAUAAUAAUAAGUGGUGGAAUGUAAAUCGGUGUUUGGUGGAUGUCGGAGUACAUAUUUCGGUGAAUCGAGAUAAGUUAAUAACAAAAAAAAAAAAAAAAAAAACUAAAUAAAUAAUAGUGAAGCGGUGUCGGGGGAUCUGUUCAAUCAUGAAUAUAAUAAAACUCUAGCCUUCUGGGGCGGUAAAUCCAAACCCUGGAACAAACACCCCCGUAUGGUGAGAAAGGAAAGGGGUAUUGAUGUGGUCUCUUUUCGCAUUAACAAGUGACCACUGAGUGGUCGAAGACCAGGGAAAAGAGGGAGGGAUAAAGUAGAGGAUAAGAUAUAGUGAAAACGAGAAGAGGGCGAAAGAAGGGAAGGAAAAAUGCAGGUUGCAACACUGUUCAGGGAAAGUGCUACCCUUUUGGGAGCAUCGAGUUUAGAUCCACCCCAACAGACUCAUCACCAACCCAUGCAACAGCAGCACCAACAUCAGCAGGUCCAACAACAACAGCAACAACAACAACAACAACAGCAGCAGCAGCAACAGCAUGCCGACUUGCACCUUGGACAUAAUCAUCACAUGCAGCACCAUUACAAAAUGUCAUAUCCCUCUCCGGUUCAAAAUGGAGUUCCUAAUGGUCAGACGAUGAAUUGCUCAAACACACAAGGUGGAAUUAUGGUGAAGCAGGAAGCUAGGGACGAUGGCUACGAAACAAGCCCGGAUCUCGAACUCAGGAGUACGGGUGGCGACAGUAGUCAACAAUAUCAUACACCCCUAACACCACACACACCGCACACACCUCACACACCUCACACACCGCUCACACCGAUGUCAGCGACAUCUCAACAGCCAGGUAGCAACACAACGAAUCUCAAUCAGGUCACAAUCAAAUGCGAAACACCUGUCGAUCCGUACUCAUUUGUGGAUGAGGAAAUGUCGAUGGGAGGCGGUAUGAGAGCGGCGAGUAGUCCAGGCAGCAAUCAGGAAAGUAUGACGUGUCCUGGCGGAGCUCAAUCUAGAACGCCGUCGACGCCUCCUGGUCACCUGCAGAACCAUUCGCCUGGCAAUAUCUCGAGUCAGCUUCAGAUGAGCCUCGCCAUGAAUGGGACGAAUCCUCAAUUACCUCACCAACCCAAGAAACGAGGCAGGAAGAAGAAGUCAGAAAUGAUACUGACGCCAGAGGAAGCCGAACUGGCAGAGGCCAAGAAACGGGCGAAGACUUACAAGGAGCGAAAAAAGCACGACAGAUUUGAUGGGAUGCCGGAAGAGGAAGUUAGUAAACGAGUGCUGCCGGAUCACCUGACGAGUAAUCUUGACAUUAUUAUAAUUGGCAUCAAUCCAGGAUUGUUUGCCGCUUACAAAGGGCAUCAUUACGCGGGACCUGGAAAUCAUUUCUGGAAAUGUCUUCAUCUGAGCGGUUUAACGCCCGAACCUCUUACAGCCGAUGACGAUUACAAAUUGUUACGGCUUGGAAUAGGAUUUACUAAUAUGGUGGCACGAGCGACCAAAGGAAGCGCCGAUCUCACGCGGAAAGAAAUAAAGGAAGGAAGUCACGUGUUACUUGAAAAAUUACAAAAGUAUAAACCCAAAAUAGCCGUAUUCAACGGUAAAUUGAUCUACGAAGUAUUUUCUGGAAAAAAAGAAUUCGGAUUUGGCAGGCAACCGACUCUCGUCGAUGGAACUAAUACGCACAUGUGGGUCAUGCCGUCGAGUAGUGCGAGGUGUGCACAGCUACCACGAGCGGCGGAUAAAGUUCCAUAUUACGCGGCAUUGAAGAAGUUCCGUGAUUAUUUGAAUGGUGCAAUAAGCCACCUUGAGGAAUCGGACAUAGUUUUCGCCGAUUCGAAACUGAAGAAAAAGGAAGCGGAACCAGUCGAGGACAGGAAGCCGAUAUUCGAUAACGAAUUUACACCGGACAGCGAAAACCAGAUAACAGAUUUGAGCAGCACGAUGCAGAUAAAACAAGAACCGGGCACGGGUGUGGUACCGGGUAAAAAAAAGCGGGGAAGACCAAAGAAGAUAAAGAGUAUCGAAGAACAGCCCGCGCCAGACCCAGAGAAGCUUGAUGCCAACGGUGAAGUGAUAAAGAAACGGCGUGGUAGACCGAAGAAAAUACAUCAACAACAGAAGCAGCAACAGCAGCAGCAGCAGCAACAGCAGCAACAGCAAAUGGAAAGUGACAGCAGGGAGCGAGAGACCCAGCAGCAACAUCAUCAUCAGCAUCAACAGCAACAGCAGCAGCAACAGCAACAACAACAGCAGCAGCAGCAGCAGCAACAACAACAACAACAACAACAACAACAGCAACAACAUCAAACUCUCAGCAAUCAUCAUAACGAAAACUAUUCGAAUUCCGUGCCAAACUGUUUUUCACCACCGAUAAUGUCGCCGCCAAACAGUUUUCCCCAUAUGGCACCUUACCCGUCGAUGGGGGAUUCGGGAUUCUUCGGUCAGGGUAUGAACGACAGUCCGUACAACAUAAGUGCGAAGCAGAGCCCUGUCCACAUGCAUCAUUACAGCCAGAGUCCAAAGUCCAUGUCGCUAUCGUUCACCCACUCCGACUUGUCAUCGGAGAUAAACACGGCGAUAUCGUCGGAGAACAACCUCGAACCGUCCCCCCUGACAUCGCCGAGCGUUGAACACCCGGACUUUGAGCCCCCGACCAGCAUCGCCCAGCAAAAUAUGACCGGCGAUCACAGAUCGUACAACCCGGGCAGCGGCGACAACAACGGCCACCACAGCAGCCCCGGAACCCCCUCACACUCGAGCUACAACAGUUACAUGGGGUACCACGACCGACAGCCGGAAUCCCACAACACCCAUCCGCACCAGACGACGCCGACGCCGUUGAGCCAGCAGGGUUCCGGCAACGACGAGCACUCUCACCACUCUCAUCAGACGCCCCCUCACACGCAUCCGCACACACCUACGCACCCGGCGAUGUCGCCGCACUCCCACGAGCAGUACAACACGGUGAAGAGGAGCAACACGAAUGGCGCCAGCGGCCAGGACGUCUCGUCGAAGAGUCUCAGCGAUCUUGAGUCACUUGUCGACCAGAUACCGAGCAUAGCGGACGGCGGUAACCAGCGUCACCCAUCGCAGAGCGUCAUGAGCGACGAGUCCCUGGCGGAGAAGAUGGACACCCAUCACCAGGCCUCGUACCUACCAAGUUUCACGCCAUCCAGCAUGUCGAAUUACAGUCCGCCACCCGCGCCGCCUCACGCCGGACUUUAUCCCGGUUCCCUCCAUCAUUCGCCGGCGGACAACUACGGCUCGUUGUACGGAAUGAACAACCGGCAUCACCCGGAGACCCAACAGCACAGCAAGUCUUAUACCGUGGAAAAUUUAACCUCGAACAGUUACAGCUCGAGCAUGAACCACCCUCAUCCGGGUAAUUCGUAUCCCAACAUUAUACCCGGACCCCAUUAUCCCGUCCCGAUGGGAUCCACGAACGGAUACCUCUUCGGCGGACUCGACCCUAGCCUGAUGCAACGCACUUACGGCAUGGGCGGCAUGGGCGGGAUGGGCGGGAUGGGCGGAAUGCAUCCCUCUCUAGGACCCAUGGCCAAUCCCUAUCCCUACAACGGGUCGUACACCAGCUCCUUUGACGCUUACCCACCUUCCCACGCCGGGAUUCACGCGCCUAGCGCCAACUAUCCGGGCUAUCCUGGCGGCGGUGGACCCGGUCCCGGGAGCUCCGCGACUUCCUACCUUUCGUCACAUCACAGGCCGCCCGUUGAUCUCGCCUACGACGCUGUAUGAUAAUCAAAGUAAUCGAUAUAAUAUUACACGCUUUUUUCUAUUUUUACAUUAUUAUUAUUGUUAUUAUUAUUA